AUGUGGCUCCUCGCGAAUUUGCUGAGACUGCUACAAAAUGAGAAUAUGGCAGCCGAUGCCAACCCUGACCCAGCGAACAAUCAAGCUCCUCAACCGGAUCCUUCUCAGCCAGUUCCUGCUCAACCAGGUUCAUCUCAACCGGAUAACCCUCAAGAUCCGCGUCUCGGCAUAGGCUCUUUGAACAUCCUGAACCUCUGGCCUGUAUUGCCUUGGGAUAAUGCCGAGCCAGGAAUCGAUGGCAGAAUCCGCUUGAACAGGCAGCGCCUCGACCAGCGGCAAGAUAUCAUUGCCAUGGAAUUCCUCAAGUUCGGCGACCUAGGCACGUGGAUUGGAAAGAUGGGGAAGGAUCCGUUGACCAGCCAAAUACCCAUUAUGACAGAGUCAAGUAGGAGGUCAGCAGUGGACGAUCGGAAUCCCAUGGUACAUUUUGACUUAGACCCGCAGAACAUCUUCGUCGGGGAUUUUGUUUCCGAUCAUGAUCUAUGGCCAUUGACCAAGAUAGCUGAUCUGGGCUUGAGUGUCCUGCCCAAAAGUGAAAAUUUUCAGGACGACAUUGAUGAAGAAACGCAGCGCUGGACGAGAAGACGAAGGGGAAAACUUGACUCUCUUUUGCCAGAGCAAACCACCGAGGAAUGGGAUUAUGUUCGGGACCUAAAUGCUCUACGCACCGGGGACGUCGCUGGCAAUUACUCCUCGCACUCCAAUAUCUUCCACAUUGGCUUGGUCAUGUUCGAGCUUAUGACUUUGAACUACGCUGACGAUCCUAUGAUUCCACGUCCUUACAAUUUCAUUCUUUCUGGCCAGAGAUUGAGCGGGUGGACCUGCGGGCAUCAUCUUCUGGAAGAGAACAACGAUUACCUCGCCGGCUGCUACUCAUCGCAACUACGGAAUACCGUGGCGUGGUGCUUGGAAUACAACCCUACCAAAAGGCCUCAGCUAAACGAAUUGGGAAGAAUUGUCGAGUACUCUGCCACUUGGGACUAUCCGAACGAGUCGGAUCCAGACACGAGAACGUGGGUGAGGGACUUCGUGAGCUACCCAUCGGCGGCACACGGGAGAUGA